AUGACUAUUACUACUGCUGCAACAACUGAUACUACUUCUGCCGCUACCACUUCUCCUGCUGGUGCCUCUGCUGCUACUGCUACCACUGCUUCUGCUGGUGCCUCAGCUGCUACUGCUACCACUGCUUCUGCCGCUACCACUUCUCCUGCUGGUGCCUCUGCUGCUACUGCUACCACUGCUUCUGCUGGUGCCUCUGCUGCUACUGCUACCACUGCUUCUGCCGCUACCACUGCUCCUGCUGCUUCCUCUGAUGCUACUGCUACCACUGCUCCUGCUGGUGCCUCUGCUGCUACUUCUACCACUGCUCCUGCUGGUGCCUAUGCUGCUACUGCUACCACUGCUUCUGCUGGUGCCUAUGCUGCUACUGCUACCACUGCUUCUGCCGCUACCACUGCUCCUGCUGGUGCCUCUGCUGCUACUGCUACCACUGCUCCUGCUGGUGCCUAUGCUGCUACUUCUACCACUGCUUCUGCUGGUGCCUAUGCUGCUACUGCUACCACUGCUUCUGCCGCUACCACUGCUCCUGCUGGUGCCUCUGCUGCUACUGCUACCACUGCUUCUGCUGGUGCCUCUGCUGCUACUGCUACCACUGCUUCUGCCGCUACCACUGCUCCUGCUGGUGCCUAUGCUGCUACUGCUACCACUGCUUCUGCUGGUGCCUCUGCUGCUACUGCUACCACUGCUUCUGCUGGUGCCUCUGCUGCUACUGCUACCACUGCUUCUGCUGGUGCCUCUGCUGCUACUGCUACCACUGCUUCUGCCGCUACCACUGCUCCUGCUGGUGCCUCUGCUGCUACUGCUACCACUGCUUCUGCUGGUGCCUCUGCUGCUACUGCUACCACUGCUUCUGCCGCUACCACUGCUCCUGCUGGUGCCUAUUCUGCUACUGCUACCACUGCUUCUGCUGGUGCCUCUGCUGCUACUGCUACCACUGCUUCUGCCGCUACCACUGCUCCUGCUGGUGCCUCUGCUGCUACUGCUACCACUGCUCCUGCUGGUGCCUCUGCUGCUACUGCUACCACUGCUUCUGCUGGUGCCUCUGCUGCUACUGCUACCACUGCUUCUGCCGCUACCACUGCUCCUGCUGGUGCCUCUGCUGCUACUGCUACCACUGCUUCUGCUGGUGCCUCUGCUGCUACUUCUACCACUGCUUCUACUGCUACCACUGCUUCUGCUGGUGCCUCUGCUGCUACUGCUACCACUGCUUCUGCUGGUGCCUCUGCUGCUACUGCUACCACUGCUUCUGCUGGUGCCUCUGCUGCUACUGCUACCACUGCUUCUGCUGGUGCCUCUGCUGCUACUGCUACCUCUGCUUCUGCUGGUUCCUCUGCUGCUACUGCUACCACUGCUUCUGCUGCUACCACUGCUCCUGCUGGUGCCUCUGCUGCUACUGCUACCACUGCUCCUGUUGGUGCCUCUGCUGCUACUGCUACCACUGCUUCUGCUGGUGCCUCUGCUGCUACUGCUACCACUGCUUCUGCUGCUACCACUGCUCCUGCUGGUGCCUCUGCUGCUGCUGCUACCACUGCUUCUGCUGGUGCCUCUGCUGCUACUGCUACCACUGCUUCUGCUGGUGCCUCUGCUGCUACUGCUACCACUGCUUCUGCCGCUACCACUGCUCCUGCUGGUGCCUAUGCUGCUACUGCUACCACUACUACCAUUCAUCACCAUUGUCCUGCUUCUUCUGCUGCUAAUUCUUUUUGCUACUACUUCUGUUGA